GUGUAGGAUUACCUGGCUCAGUUCACUAUUCCUAGGAAGUCACCUCAAUCGGAAAUUCUGGCUCAAAUUUACUCGCCGUCUCUCCUCGUUUCGCGCGCUCUUUUCGCUCUCCGCCUGCACUUACUCGAGGAUUUUGAAAGAAAAAGGAAGCCGCAGCUGGGGAUUCAGCAAUAUUCGAUAUUCACUGUGAAAUUUAACCGACUUCUACCGUUUUUGGUGCCUUUAUUUGGGUCCUAUAUUUGUUAUUUUAUUAUUUUGCUGCUUUUCGUUCGUGUUUGUCGGAACAGAAGCGACGAUUCUGCUAAUCAACCUAUUCGUUUUGGAUCGCUCUUUCUUCUGCUGGGCCUCUGCUUUUCAUUUAUUUAUCACGCGACUCGCUUUCAUCGUCGGUUCUUGUUUUUGUAUACAUGGUGAGCAGUCGGAGUUGCCACUCGGUUUUAUCAGCGGACGGUAUCACGGCAAGAUUUGUCCAAAAUGCGUGCUUAUUCGUCCAACUGAAGUCCGGCCUAGUGUUCUGAUAAAGUGUGAGACAACGUUUGUUUGUAAAAAGAACUACUCAAAUGGGAUUUCAGUCAAAACAAAACAAGAGCACAUCACACACAAGACGCACACAUACACACAAGACGCACACGCACACAGAUGGUCAAAGAGGUUAAUAUGUCGGGGACGCAAAUGUCUGCCUUCCUGAGAAAGUAUCUAGCCGACGAGGACAAAAAAAUUCGUGCGCAAUUCAAAGAAAGCGAUCCUAACAACAAAUUGAUUCUAUGGAUGCACGAAAAAACGAGAAUAACCGAGGAGGACUUGGCACGCCCAUACACCGAGGACGAGGUAAAGGAGCUUUGUCUACGCACCAAAGUGAAGGUUGAUAUGACCGCUUGGAAUUGUCUGUGGGAAGCCAAAAAGAGGUUUGAAGCAAAAGGACGUUUUGUGAACAAGUCUGAGAGAUUCAUCAACCGAAUGUAUAUGAAAGCGGUGCGCAGAAAGAUGGUCCAACCGUAUCCGGAGGAGUUUGUGGCCCAGCGAAGAGAAAUAGUUGCAGCCGAGACUAAGAAGCAGAACAUCAGCCGAUUGGAUAGAUGGCAAAAGAAAAAGAGUCAAAACCUAUCAGCACCAGAAUCCUCUCCAGACGCUCAUGCAUCUUCUAAUGACGCGGUGCAGAGCCACGAGGACCAAGCAAACACAAAUCUUAGUUCACUGUCUCAAAUGAACUUUCAAGUGGAAGCGAUGGCUCCGCCAGGCGUGUCGUCAUCUGAUCUUAGCGGCAUCGGAGACGAUGAGGACGAACAGCAGCAGUCAGGAUUUCAGGAUGAGAACAUCAACCGUCCAGAGACAGAGAUUAAUGAGAAUUCGGUGAGAUGUGAUCCAAUUAAUUUAGGAAGGAUGCGGACUGGAUGUAUAAAUUCGCAAGCAAAUAACAGUUUCCGGAAUACGGAGUCUGAUCCGGACUACUAUAUGUUUGGCACCCAAUUGAGCACAUUAGUACGACCCACGUCGACUCAAGAGCCUGACGAUCAGGUAAACUGUCCAGAGACAGAGAUGAAUGAGAGCUGGGUAAGGUGUGAUCAAAUUAAUUCGGAAAGCUUGUCGAUUGGACCGUCAAUUGAUUCGGAAGGAACUAUCACUUUUCAAAAUACAGAAUCUGAGCCGAUCGACGUCACCUCAAUAGCCUGAUGUCCAUAUAUUAAACUAUAUAAAGUUCUUCAUUUAUUGGUGUUAAUUAAUUAAAAACAUGUAAUCCCUAAAAAUGUUAUAAAAUGUAUAAUAAAAAUCUUAAUU